AUGACUGAGCUGGAUGAGAUUAUUGCCAAGCUGACAAAAGAGAAGACAGGUCUCCAAGAGUACCACCAGCAGGCCCUGAAUGACCUUCAAGCUGAGGAAGACAAGUUCAACACUCUGACCAAGUCUAAAAUCAAGCUGGAGCAGCAGGUGGAAGAUCUUUUCCACCAUUUAUUCAUUUUCUUCUCUCUGGAGCGGGAGAGAUCCCUGGAGCAGGAGAAGAAGGUGCACAUGAAUCUGGAGCAAGCAAACUGGAAGCUGGAGGGUGACCUGAAGCUGACCCAGGAGAGCAUCAUGGAUCUGGAGAAUGACAAGCUUCAGCUGAAAGAAAACCUCAAGAAGAAUGACCUGGGAUGCGGGGGGUGUCUGGCCUGGAAAGAGUUCGACAUCAACCAGCAGAAGAGUAAGACUGAGGAUGAGCAGACCCUGGCUCUUCAGCUGCAGAAGAAACUGAAGGAAAACCAGGUGACCUUCUUCCCAGUGUUUCAAGGGGAGUCAGAUCCUAGAAGAGUCUCCCAACAAGAGUCUAUAAGAAGCAGAGGUCAGGCAAGCAGUCUGAAAGGAGCAAAGACUAGCCAGGUUGCCAAGAAGAAACAAAGACUGGAUGAACUGAUGAAAAGAACAGCUGAGUCACAGGGAAAAAAUCUCAUGAAGCAUGGUGACCUGCUUGCAUGUUGUAGAGAGGACAGCUGCUGCUCUGCCCCAAGCACUGGCGCAACCAUAUCCCACCACUGGGGAUACAGCGGGCACAACAGACCAGAUCACUGGUAUAAAGACUUCCCCAUUGCAAAUGGAGAGUGGCAGUCCCCGGUUGACAUUGACACCAAGACUGCCCAGUAUGACCCUGCCCUCCGGCCUCUGAGUGUAUGCUAUGAUCAAGCUACUUCCAAGAAGAUUCUCAACAAUGGCCACUCCUUCAACGUUGUGUUUGAUGAUUCCCAGGACUGUUCAGUGCUGAAAGGAGGACCCCUCAAUGGCACCUACAGAUUGAUCCAAUUUCACUUUCAUUGGGGCUCAUCCGAUGGGCAUGGCUCUGAGCACACUGUGAACAAAACAAAAUAUGCUGCAGAGCUUCACUUGGUUCACUGGAACACCAAAUAUGGUGAUUUUGGGAAAGCUGCACAGCAACCAGAUGGACUGGCUGUUUUGGGUAUCUUUUUGAAGGUUGGACCUGCUACACAAGGCCUUCAGAAAGUUCUUGAUGUCCUGAGUGCCAUUAAAACAAAAAGGAAGAGUGCUGCCUUCACUAACUUUGAUCCUUGCUCCCUUCUUCCUGGAAACUUUGAAUACUGGACGUACCCUGGCUCUCUGACCACUCCGCCUCUGCUGGAAUGUGUAACCUGGAUCGUGCUCAAGGAACCCAUCACCAUCAGCAGUGAGCAGAUGUCUCAGUUCCGUGGACUGAACUUCAACACAGAGGGGGAACCUGAAGAACCAAUGGUGGACAACUGGCGCCCAGCUCAACCACUGAAGAACAGAAAGAUCAAAGCAUCCUUUAAAUAAAAUGGUCUUGUAGCGGGAGUCCAAACAAUAGAAGUGUGGCCGCC